AUGCUAAUAGACUCGGGCUGCAAAUCGAAUUUGAUCUCGGACGAAACAUGGGAGUAUUUAAAAGAAAACAAUGUUAACUGCUCCAACCAGAUUAAAGAACCAAAGAAAAUAUUCUUGGCCUACGGCAGCACGACGCCAUUAAAGGUGAAGGGAUCCUUUGAAACAUCGAUUAAAGUGAACGGAAAGAUCACCCACAGUACUGUUUAUGUUAUAAGCGAUGGAUCCAGAAAUCUUCUGGGUAAGGAUACCGCGUUACAAUUAAGGGUUUUGAAACUGGGCGACAUGGAAGUCGAUUCGGUUAAGGAGCUAAAAACCCCGUUUCCGAAGUUUAAGAAUAUUCUCGUUGAGAUACCAACAGAUCCGUCAGUGAAACCAGUCAUCCAACCUUAUCGAAGAAUACCUAUUCCACUAGAAGAAAAGAUCCAUGAGAAAAUUGAGGAGUUGUUAGAAAUGGAUAUAAUAGAAGAAAUAAAUGGACCAUCGAAAUGGGUUUCGCCUAUUGUGCCUAUUCUUAAAGACAAUGGUGGCGUACGAGUGUGUUGA